GAUGCUCCAGGAAGCUCCAGAAGAAAAGAGUGUGAAAACAUGGGAGACACCGGGGAGAUCCGCGUGGUUCACCGUGGUGGCAGCAAAAUAAACUUUAGACAACCUGUCGUUACUGACGACUCCAAGUUACUGCUGUGCGCGUCCGGUGAGUGUGUAAAGGUUUUCAGCACCUCCACAGAAGAGUGCAUCCAUGAUCUACGUGGACACACGGACCUGGUCACCGGGCUUGUGCUUCGACCCUCCAACCAUUUGCAGGUCUACUCCUGCUCCAUAGAUGGCACCGUCAGGCUUUGGGACUUUGCUGAUGGCGUUUUAAUUAAGACCUUUGUCAUCGGACAUCCCGUUCAUGCCAUUUACACCUCUGAAAAGCACCAGGGUGUGAUAUUUGUAAUAAUACUAUGUGCAAGUGACAAGAAACGUGAGUUGUUCCAGUUGGUGGCGGUAAACAUACCACAAAGUACAGAUCAGCUGGUGGAGUCUCUGGAGCUCUUCGCCGUACUGGAGGAUGUCUCUACCAAUCCAGCUACCAUCCACUUUGGCCAAGGGGGAGAAUACAUCGCCUCCGUCAAGGGUUUGUUCCUGACCGUCUAUUUCUUCAGGAAGCAGAAGACCUACAGGUUUUCUCUCAAAGAGAGCAACAAGAAAGGUGGUCAGAACACGUUCACAUGUAUUUCCUGUCACCCCAAAGAUGACUGCAUAGCCACUGGCCACAAGGACGGAAAGAUCCGCUUGUGGAGAAACUUCAACCAGAAGAAGGAGUACACAUACACAACUCUGCACUGGCACCAUGGCCCAGUCAACUCGCUGUGCUUCACCCCUGAAGGUACCAACCUGUUGAGUGGAGGAGAGGAGUCCGUGCUGGUCCAGUGGAGGUACAACCAAGGAAACCAGAAGGACUUUUUGCCCCGCCUGGGUGCCACCAUCACUCACAUCAUCGUCUCACCUGAUGGCUCGCUCUUCUGCACCUCACAUGCAGACAACAAAAUCACCAUCAUCAAGAGUUGUGUGAAAGUGUCGGCUGUCAUUCAGGGUCUGGUCAAAGCUGAAAGCCUGAGUUCUGAGUUGAUGGUAGACCCUCGCAGUAAAGCUCUGGUGAUGAACGGGAAGCCGGGCCACCUCCAGUUCUACUCCCUCCAAAGAGACAAGCUGCUGUACAACCUGGAUAUUGUGCAGCAGGAGUACAUUCACCAGUCAGGCCUGCAGCAGUUCGAGGUGGUCCAGUCGGCCUUCGACCAGUCUGGGAACUGCCUGGCAACGGUGGAGGAAAGAAAACAAGAAGACGGCGAGUUGGAGAUAAACUUAAAACUGUGGUCGUAUGACGUACAGACGCAGAGUUUUGUGCUCGACACCACAGUCUCGGCCCCCCAUGAGUCCCAGAUCACGUCCAUGUGCUUCUGCCGGGCAGCCGACCGCCAGACCACCGUGCUGGUCACCACCAGCAUGGACGGGCACUUCAAGGCCUGGCGGCAGAGCCCAUCCACCCACUCAGAAGACGAAGGCCUGUCCUGGUCCUGUGAUUUCGUCGGCUCCUAUCACGGCCUGGUGCCUCUGCGCUGCCGUUUCUCAGCUGAUGGGUCACUGCUGGCUGUCAGCUUCCAGGAGGUGGUGACUUUAUGGAACCCUUGGUCCUGGGAACUGCUGACCACCCUGUCCCAGCCGCCCGGAGCCAUCAGAGACCUGUGUUUUGGUCGACUGAGCUGCUCCAAGUACUUGGUGGGAACAACGGAGAAGAACCUGCUGUGCUGCUGGAACCUUCUCACAUGCUCCUUGGAGUGGAGCACCGCCAUGAACGUCAGCCUGCUGCUGGCCGACCCCUCGUCUGAGAACAUGGCCGCCUUCUGCUGCCUGGACAAAAGCACCGACUUGUUUGUUUUCAAACCUGCCGAGCCGCGGCCGCUGUUCUCCCACAAGGCCAUCUGCUCGGGGAAGGUGACUCGCGCCGUCUUUGCUCCGCGAGAGGAGAUGCAGGAGAGCUGCGAGGAAAGGAGCCAGUGGCUGAACCGCUCCCAGCUCUACUUCCUCACGCCGCACAUGGAGCUGAUGACCUUCAGUACGAAAACAGAGGACGAGCGUCUGAUGGCAUCCAGCAAGCAGCUGACGAUCAACGACAACGUCGCCAUGACACCGUUCCAACUGUUGCUGGGGAAGCAUCAGCAGGAGCAACAGGAGAAGGAAGACGCUCUCAGCGGCAAGUGGCCCGAGAGAAGACGCCUUCCUCGGGAGUCGGACGCCAUCAAAGAGCUGAUGAACACUCCGGCUCACGUCCUGCCCUCAAACUCUUCCCUCUGCAGCAUGUUUCUGAAGUCGCUGCUCAUCUCUGUCUCAGACUCCAGUAAAGAGGAAGAGCCGGAGGAGGAAAUGCAAAGCGGGAAAGAGGAAGAGGACUCUGAAGAGGAAGAGGUCCCCAGCAUCUCGAGAUCGAAGCACCUGCCAGUCGCGGCGCAGGAAGAAGCUGAACCAGCUCCCACGAAAGCCGAGCUCAGAGAGCUGAGGCGAGUGAGGAAACUGGACUACAGCUGGUUCAGCAGUAUCUUUGACUCAUAACAACCCCAGGGACAUCGCGCUCAGGUUGGUUUGGACACCGUGAGAACAGUACACGUGGCA